CAUUCAGACUGAAGCUGACGCCAUCUUGCUUUAUCUAAUCACUGUUACAUAGACAUAAUGAUUAAACUAGGGAACGAGACUGCAGUGACAGUUCUGCAGCGCCCCGACGGAUCCUCGGACGUUGUAAACACACUCGAAAGAUUUGGCGGUAGACGGAAGUUACUUCGUUGUUGUAUUGAUGUAAACAUUUAUUCAGUGUAUUUUGGAGUCGGCCUCACCUAGCUGUAAUAACGCACAGUAUGGGAUAAAUGGGUUAUCAUUGUUAGUUCACAAACUGCUUGUUCGCUAAAUCCGUGAGCUAUUAUUAUAUGAUUCCCCAGCUAGUUAGCCUGCUUCUGUAAAAUGCGAAAUGUCUAAACCGCACAAAGCAGACGGUAAAUAUUUAUGGUGGUGCCUUACAAGCCUCGAAUUCAAGCCGGACACGGCUGUGAAAAAUAUAAAACAUCUAAAUCUAGGAAUAAACAUGUUUGACAAGCCAAACAAAGAGGGAUUCUACAUUGUCAGUCACUUUUUAUUCGAGAAGCUCAAUCCUACUCGUGCCCAAGAAGCCUUCAGACAUUGCUGGCCAGUUUGGGAUCACAAAUGUAAUGCCGAGUUUCGUAAGGUGACUUUGGGAUGGCUUCAAGAAAUAGCGAGAGAGGAAGGGAGCUCUUUUCCCAAGGUGGCUGCAUCACAUUUGCUUUCCCCUUCUGGACCAAGAUUUAUCAACCUGAUGCUCCACUUGGCCAAACAUGUAAUGCUGAAAGCAUUGAAGACAUUUACCACAAUUGACUCCUGGGCCCCAGAGGCUGCUGCAGUUCCAGCAAGGUCACAGGAGCUGGAAAAGAAAAGAUUUCAGGUGGUAAUGAGACAGUUCCAGAGAGUGACUGUAGGGCAGGACCGUCUCAUUCAAGAAUAUCAGAAAAGAGCUAAAGGUUUGGAGAAGUCUUUGAGGGACUUUAAAGCAGAAGAUGCCAAAAAUGACAACAUUCUUCAAGAAGACAAAAGUAACACAGAUUUGCUGGAAGACAUUCUUCCAAAAAGUCAAAAGGUGCGAGACCUUUGGGCUGAGACAUACAAAGUCCUAUCUACCCUUGAAGGAAAGCGAGAAGUAAUGGAGAGUGUGAUCCAUGGACAGGUAGACCAGUAUACCUUGGAUGGGAAGGACCUGAAUGUAAAGAUACCUUCAGUUCUACUUGACAGAAUGGAGCGGCUAUCACACAAGUCCAGUGUCAGUAGCUUAUAUGAGGAAGGACAGCCCAUGCUUGUGCGUUUGCUGGAACUUCUGAAUGAAGGAUUGGGCCUCCUCAUCGAGGAGAGGGAAAGGAUUGUGAGACCCACUACACAACUCGGUCACCAGGCCCUUCAAGAACAUGCCUUGCUCUUCAGUCGCUCCAAAGAGAAUCUUAAGCUUAUAAGGCAUAAACUGAUCAAAGAGGAUGCACCAGAAAUCAAGAGCUCCAUUAGAAGGCUGGAAGAGGACUGGGACAGGAGGUGGGCAGAGUGUUUGAUAAACACACCCCUGACCUCUUUUCUGAAGGAGGAUAAUGUUCUUGACUUUGUCUCCCCAAUGGCCCCACUGUCAUUUGAGCCAGCUUCUGAGGCUAGCUUUAAGGCUUGCAUCCUCUCCCAGUAUCCCAGUAAGCUACCUGAACUGCUAGAGCAGACUUCCAAAAUAAACCCAGAGGUGGAGAAAACAGAAGUCCACCUGAUGCCUGAAGUGCUGAACACUUCAUUGCCAGAUGAAGAUAAAGGAGUCCUGCUUUCCUCCGAUUGCUGUUUUUCUCCAAAACCAGCAAUAUGUGAUGCUCCACCAUGUGAAACUCCCCUAGUUCACCCAGUUAAAGUUCAGUCUGUUGUCCAGACACCCAGUCCAGUACAGGCUUGCCACAGGAAAACUCAACUCUCAAAGACGAAGUCCUCUAUUGUGAAGAACAAAGAACAAAUUCUAGAUUUGGAAUGUGACAACUUGGCAAGUCAAUUUGCAGAGGCUGUGAUCAUGAGUCCAGUCAAUGGAAGGAUUGAUGUGGACCUGGGGCAGUUACUGAAUUCCAUAUCUGACCCCUUUUCGACUAGGAAGCAGCUGUGCCGCACCCCUGAAAGUCUAAUUAAUGAUGUGCGAAGUUCGUGGAGAAAAGCAGUUGAGGAAGGCAUGGCUGAGAAAAAACAAGCGUCCUGGAAUCAACAAGACAGCCUCUCUUGGCUCAAGACAUCCCCAACUGAAGAUGAGAGAAAUGGCCUUUGCCACGAACCAAGUCCAGAGCCUUCUCUCUUAUUUGACUCUACAGCUACCCAUCCCCAGUGCAAUUCUCCUGUCCAGCAGGGGUCCUCCCACUCAACUGUGUCAUGGGACUCUUCACAGCUGGAGGCUCUUGACAGCCAAAGCUCAAGUGAUAUUAUUAAAUUCAGCAUUGCUCAAGAGGAGCUCCUAGAAGUGUUUGACAUGUCGUUCAACAGCGACAGAUCAGUUGAGAUCCACACAAACAAGGAAAGCGAUCAAGAACUUGUCCUGCCACCUGUUGCAUCACAUUCUCUUGGAGAAUCUUCUCUACAGAUGGCUCAUAUGUGCUUGGAUGCCACCUCCGAUAAAAGCUCUUUCAUGGACUCCUGCUUUGAGAAGUUUAAUUACAUGCACCCAGUACAGUCAGGGAACAGCCCAGGUUUGAACCCUUGGGCUCGUGAUGAGAGGCUGUUCUCUCUUGAUUUAGACAAGCUUGAGAGUAUUUCACCUCCUGCGUCAGAGAAACUUGCCCUGCCCAGUUUAGUGAACUUAAAUCUAGAUGAAUACUAACAUUGUUUUAAAGCAAUAUUUCCAGGUUUAAUACAAGUUAAGCUCAAUCAACAGCAUUUGUGGCAUAAUGUUGAUUUAACACAAUUAAUUUUGACUUGCCCCUCCUUUUCUUUAAAAAGUGAGAAUCUGUGUUCCAGUGAGGCACUUACAAUGGAAGUGAGUGAAAUACUCACUAUAUUUUGAAAGUAUAGCCACAAGAUGUAAACUAUACGCAUGUGUUUACUGUGAUAAAAUCGCUUUUCCUGUGUAGAGUUAUACCCAAUUUUAUAACUUUGUUGCCAUGACAAUGUAAAGCCUUCAUUACCCUAAUGCAACUGUAAAAAUGACGAUUUAAACAAUUUUUAUGGCUCAAAUAAUACGUUUUAACGGAACAAUAAAUGUAAGUGCCUUUUAUUAAAAUAUAAGCUUCA